UAAAGCUCUGAUUGCAAUUGCAAAUAUAAUUCAAUAACAAGGUUGUUUAUACAAAAACCUAGAAUGUCCUAUUUAUACUAAACGAAAGAGAACGGUAGCGUAUCUCUUCUUCCUAAUUUACACAGAUUUAUAUUUAUCUAUAAGAAUCAAAUCUAAACAAUUAUUUACUGGAAAAACGAGUAAAGUCCAAUAUACGUUAAAAGCCCACCAAAUAUGUAUGAUACGCUGCAUCAAGGCUGAACCAGAAGUUGAGUUGAGCAUCUCAGAGGAAGCGCUAGGGUUUGAGUUUCUGAUCAUAGAAUCCAGUGUUGUGAGAAUUUGGUCUGAAGAUUUGAAGACGUUUCUGUGUAAUCGACUAUUCCGUUCGAGAAUACCUUCCCCCUUCCUCUUAACAUAGUGAAGCUACGCAACCCCGUCUCAACUCCUCUCGCUUGAGAGAAGUAAAAUCCAAAAGAGACUUGUUUUUGGUUUGUUUAUCCUUAUGGAAGAUAAGGGAAAGGGUCUGGUGGGAGAAGAUGAGGAAAACUCGUUGUCUGUAUCAGAAGGGGGUCCAAGCAAUAUGGAAGUAGAUGGUAGUGAUGAUAACUAUGAUGAUGAUGAGGACGACGACGACGACGAGGGAGAUGAGUCUGAUGAAGCUGUAAGUGUAAUUCCGACCACAUUCGAACGCCUUGAAUAUGAAGCUCUGGCUGAGAAGAAACGCAAAGCACUUUUUGAUUCUCAACGUGAUGGUUCAGAGAAGAGAGGCAAGUAUGAUGCUAAGGAACUCGUCUUUACUGGCCGCCGACGAAGGAGAAGGAUGAAUAAAAAAAGGGGUAGACGACAGGGGUCAAAGAAACAAAUUUCACCUGAGAUUCAGAAGAGGAUGACUGAGGCUAUUUUUCUUCACGCAGAUAAUAAAGACAGUGAGGCUUUUCCUAUUUUAUUUGACAUUAUUAACGAAGCACCAGCCUUCGGUCAAGCUUAUUAUUACCUAGCACUUGUACCUGACAACCUUGGUAAGACCGAGGCAUUGUCUACUGACGCAUUGAAGGCUGCUGCAUAUAUAAAAGGUCCAAAAUCACAUGUUUGGAAGUUGCUUUACGACAGGGCCAAGGAACAAGGGAACAUGGUGUUAGCAAGCGAUUAUGUGUCCAAAGCAGUACAAGCAGAUCCUGAGGACAUUGAUCUGAAAUAUGAAUAUGCAGACCUCUGCCUAAGUGCUGGGAAAUAUAAAGAAGCUGCUGAAACCUAUGAGAAAAUAUUUCGUCGGCAUCCUGAUAUAAUUGAGCCACUCAAGAGGGGGACAGAGUAUUUUCUAAAAUCCGGCAAGGGUGAACGAGCAGCAAACAUGUUAGAGGAUCAUAUAAAAUCUCAUCCAUCUGAAGUGGGGCCCGAUAUCUUGGAUCUACUGGCUGAUGUUUUGAUGCAAAUUAAUGCGUAUGAUAGAGCUCUUAAGUAUAUUCAUGAUGUGCGCCAAAUUUACAAUCUAGGAAAGGAACUGCCUUCCAGCUUAAAAAUCAGACAAGCCAUCUGCCAUGUUCGCCUUGAAGAAAUGGAGCAAGCAGAGAUUGUUUUAAAUAUUCUGCCACGGGAGGCUGUAUCUGAACAUCCAAAGCUCAUCAUCGAUUUGGCUGAUGAGCUAACAAACAUCGAGAAUUUUCAUUCUGCUCUCAAAUACUAUUUGCUAGCAAUCAAUGACACUUUGAAUGUAAGUAAGAGUAUUAGGCAGUUGUACUCGAUUGUUUCUUCUCUUACAACUUUUGCUUCGUCACUUUGGUAACUAGUUGUGGUUUUCCUUGUAGAAUGGCUAUUUGCUUGUGAAAGCUGCUCGCUGUUAUAUGUCGUUGGAAAAACGAGAACAGGCCAUCGUUUUCUAUUACAGAGCUUUGAAUGAACUCAGUGAUCCAAUUGAUGCUCGCAUAACUCUGGCUUCACUUCUCCUGGAAGAUGGCAAACGAGAUGAAGCUAUAUCAGUGCGCUUUCUCCUCCGGAAAAUCCAGGUCAGCAAAGAAAAAAAUCAUUAUCUGCUCUGGCUGUAUUGUCUACAAGCGAGUGAAUAGUUUAGCAAACUUUGUACAAUGAUUUAGUAUCUUAUUAAAUAUCACUUUUGACAGAUUUGAUGUCAAACUUUGUACAAUGGUUUGUGUUAUCUUUCCAGUGUCGAAUUCACACCCUGUUUUUUUUUUUCUUCCAAAAUGUUAUUUAUGCGAUACGCAUCCAACUAUGUUGUCAUAAGAUUGCUUACGAUGGUUCUUUUCUCUAAGCGUAGAUCUUGACACGUCUAAACAGAAGGCAUGGUGGAAGAAAAGAAAGAUCAGGAUGCAUCUUUGUCAGAUCUAUCAUUCGGAAGGGAUGCUUGAGGAAUUUGCCAAUACAGCAUUGCAGUUGGUUCUUAAGUGGGUUUUGCGGCGAACGGUAAUAGCUCUGUAUCCAAGUUUCAUAUAAUAAACAUACUAACGAAAUUGACAACAUAAAAUAGUUACUGCUUCUUGAAGAAAAACGUACUUUUGAACCAUCUGAACAUCCAGUAUUUCGUUAGGGUUCUUUCAUUCAGCAUUAGCAGAAAGUAGUUUGAUAGAAAUAUUUUUGUUUGCUGGCGUCUUACACUGUUCUUGCAUUCGGCCUCACGAAAACGUUUAGGUCAAGGGAAAAAGAAAACGAUCGGAGCUUCAAAGAAAUAGUCCUAGAGAUACUCAUGCUUCCGAGUGAGUAUUAAAAAAAAAAAAAACUAUAUCCAGCAUAGUCUUUAAGCCUUGCUU